AUGAAGACCGAGAAUAAAGCUCGUUUUAGAGUAAUUUUAGAGAAUUUCCUUCCAUACAUUAAUGCAUCUUAUGACGAACCAAUCCGCCGUGGAAGGAGCCUCAAACUUCCUUUCGUUAUGCCCGAGUUGUUACGAGAUUUAUUAACAGAAGUCAAGGAAAUUUUUCAAAAUGAACCAAACAUUUUAACCGUUCCAGACAAUACAGUGAUAGUUGGCGAUCUUCAUGGCCAUAUCUUCGAUCUAUUUCGAAUUCUCCACAACUUUAAAUUACCUCCACUCAAAAAUUAUUUAUUCCUUGGAGACUAUGUUGAUCGUGGUGAGUUUUCCACUGAAACAGUAAUACUUCUCUUUACUCUCAAAGUCUUAUACCCAAAAAACGUUUAUAUGAUCAGAGGAAACCAUGAAUUUUUCGAAAUUUUCUCGGAUUUGGAUUUCUACAAUGAACUGCUCAUGGUUUAUGCUCAAGAUGACAUUGUUCAACUUUUUAAUCAGGCUUUCUCUUUUUUGCCAUUGGCUGCCAUUAUUGAUAAAUUUGCGCUUGGAAUACAUGGUGGCUUAGGAUAUAGCUUCACUAGCUUGUCACAGAUAGAAUCCAUCCAGAGACCAAUCGAUGAAUUCGAUGACGGCGUUCUAUCAGAUUUAUUAUGGAGUGAUCCAGCUCCAAACGAACUCGGAUUUAAUCCAUCACCUAGAGGAAUGGGAUCCUUGUUCGGAACAGAUGUCACUAAGAAAUUUUUGGAAAAUUCUCCAGUUGAAAUUAUUAUUCGCGGUCAUCAAUGUAUUGAUAACGGGGUUGAGAAAUGUGAUGGUCAUCAGUUGUAUACCGUAUUCAGUGCAUCGCGAUAUUGUAAUCAGCUAAGAAAUCAAUCAGGAGUUUUAAUUAUCAGACAGAGACAAUUUGAAGCACAUACAUAUCCACCACUUCAAUAUAUAUACCGAGAAGAAGUUAAAUUCAUUCCAACAACUAUUACAAAAAGUGCAAGUGAACUUCCAUCAUUUCAAACUCGGACAACAUGCUCGAUGAAGCUGACUCGUGCAGAAACGCAAUCAACACCAAGACUUAAUUUAUUAUUAAGUGAAGCGGAAGAAAAAUUAGAACCACGUCCGCUAACUCCAAGAAAAAGAUCAAUGCAAAGGGAUAGUAUCACGAAAAGACUAUUUGAGAAUUCUUGCCAUAAGAUAGGCAUUAAAUACCAGAAUUCAUUCACGACAGAUCGUUUACCUUUCGAAAUUAAAGAACCUGAUAAAGCAGUUCCUCCUUCACCAAGAAGAAAUAGAAAUAGAUGCUAG